GCAGCCUCCUCUGGCUGGGUUGGACACACCUUUCAAGAGACCCCUAAUCGAGCUCCAAGCACCACAACCGCUCCUUACCCUAGUGCUGUCCCCCUGCCCCUCUCCCUCACCUACCUCUUCUCAACUACAAGAUUCAGCCUCUCCCCAAAGGGCUUGAGCAUCCUAAAGGUUUCCCACCCUUCACGGCUCCGUCCCCGGAUGGAGCCAGAGAAAUGUGGUGGGGGGGCCGGGGCCAGAGUUUCAACAUCGCCCCCCAGAAGGAGGAGCCAGAGAUGGGGGUAAGGAGAGGAAACUUGGGCUUGGGAGGGAAGGGGACCGUGGGCAGGAGGGGGUGAAUGAGGAGGAUUGGGAGAUAAAAGAGGGGUAAGAAAAAGAUCUAGAGGAGGAUGGUGUGGUCCCAUAUCAACUUCGGUUGAUGGAACUUGGUCUGUCUUUUUCACAGUCUCAAGUUCAUUGUCUCAUUACCCAUUAACCAGCCCCUCCCUUUACUGUCUGCCAACUGGGUCCUAAACUUCCCGGCAGCCACUGAUCUCAGUUUCCCCUGAGAGCCUGAGUGUAGGCCUCCAAUGGUGGCUGCUGAGGUAAUCCCAGGUCCCAGAAUUGGAGAGGCCUGGGGAUUAACCCUACACCCUUUGCAGCACUCUGGACCAAAGUGUGUCCAGAGGACUGGGAUGCUGGAGCCCAGGAGUCAGCAGCUUGACGGUCACGUGGCCUCUGGAUGCCUCCCAGGGGAGCAGAUCCUAGCAUGGGCCCCAGGGGUGAGGAAGGGGCUGGAACCUGAAUUGCCUGGAACUCUGAUCUGCACCAACUUGAGGGUCACCUUCCAGCCCUGUGGAUGGCAGCGGAGUCAGGAGACUCCCCUGAGCAGCGAAUAUGAUUUUGCCCUGGUCAACAUUGGGCGAUUAGAGGCUGUGAGUGGCCUGUCCAGAGUCCAGCUCCUCCGUCCAGGGUCCCCACUUAAAUUUAUCCCUGAGGAGAUUCUCAUUCAUGGCCGAGACUUCCGGCUGCUCAGAGUUGCUUUUGAGGCUGGAGGACUAGAGCCUCAAGCCUUUCAGGUGACCAUGGCCAUUGUCCAAGCCAGAGCUCAGAACAGUCAAGUUCAACAGUAUGCAGGGAUACCCCUGAGCAAGGCUGGCCAGAGUACAGGGUCCAGAAAACCACCUGUUCCCCUCUUGGAGACAUCAGAAGACUGGGAGGCUGAGCGGAAAAAGCAGGGGGCCAGGGGCUGGAGGGUCAGCACCAUCAAUGAGAGGUUCGACAUAGCCACCAGCCUCCCCCGUUACUUCUGGGUCCCUAAGCGAACCCUGGACAGUGAAGUCAGGAGAGCCUUUGGCCACUUCCAUCAGGGCCGUGGACCGCGUCUGUCCUGGCAUCACCCUGGGGGCAGUGAUCUUCUCCGCUGUGGUGGCUUCUAUACAGCCAGCGACCCUAACAAGGAGGAUAUCAGAGCAGUGGAGUCGAUGCUUCAGGCUGGGCAUUCAGACGUUGUCCUGGUGGACACCGUGGAUGAGCUGCCUAGUCUCGCAGAUGUCCAACUUGCCCACUUGAGGCUGAGGGCCCUCUGCCUGCCUGAUUCAUCUGCAGCUGAGGAGAAAUGGCUCUCAGCCCUGGAAGGAACACGAUGGUUGGAUUAUGUCAGGUCUUGUCUUCGAAAGGCCAGUGACAUCUCAGUCCUAGUGACAUCCAGGGUUCGCUCUGUAGUACUACAAGAGCGCGGUGAUCGUGAUUUCAAUGGCCUCCUCUCUUCACUCGUCCAGCUGCUUUCAGUCCCUGAAGCCCGAACACUGCUUGGCUUCCAAUCACUAGUGCAGCGAGAGUGGGUGGCAGCUGGACACCCCUUCCUGACCCGACUUGGGGUAACUGGAGCCAGUGAAGAGGCUCCAGUGUUUCUCCUCUUCCUUGAUUGUGUCUGGCAGCUCCUCCAGCAGUUUCCAGCUGAGUUUGAAUUCUCAGAGUUUUUCCUUCUUGCUCUUCAUGACAGUGCCAGGGUUCCUGACACCCUCACAUUCCUGAGAGAUACUCCCUGGGAGCGUGGAAAACAGGGUGGACAGUUCAACUCCUAUACACAAAUCUAUAACCCAGGGUACUGCCAACCCCCUGCUGGGAAUUCUGUUAACUCACAGCUAUCUGUCUGGGACUGGGAUUUACGCUACAACAGUGAACAGAUACUACAAUUCCAUAAUCCUGGCUAUGACCCAGAACACUGCCCAGAUUCCUGGCUUCCUAGACAGCAGCCAAGCUUCAUGGUUCCUGGACCCCCCAGUUCUGUGUGGCUCUUCUCCAGAGGGGCCCUGACUCCCCUCAAUCAGCUCUGUCCUUGGCGGGACAAUCCUUCCCUGCUGGCAGUCUCUUCUCGUUGGCUCCCUCGAGCAGCUAUCUCCUCUGAAAGCCUGGCUGAUCAGGAGUGGGGGCUCCCCUCACAUUGGGGGGCUUGCCCUUUACCCCCGGGGUUGCUGCUGCCUGGAUAUCUGGGACCCCAGAUCAGGCUGUGGAGACGCUGCUACUUGAGGGGAAGGCCUGAGGUCCAGAAAGGCCUCUCAGCUCCCACAAUCUCUGGCCUCCAGGAUGAGCUAUCCCAUCUUCAGGAGCUUUUAAGGAAAUGGACACCAAGAAUAUCUCCUGAGGAUCAUUCCAAGAAAAGAGACCCAAAUACCAUUCUCUCCCAAUCCCGCUGAAAUUACUGUCUUUUUUUUUUAACCGACUGAGCGACCCAGGGCAAUUUUAUCCCUUUGGAUAUCCAGCUGUUAAAUUGUGAGAGAUGCUGUCCAUCAGUCUUAACACGAUGGCCUACAGACCUCAUUCUCACCUCCUCUUGCUGCUUCCUUAAUUCCAAUUUGUUUCUUCCCUUUGGUUUUCUAUGGGCACGCAGUGGGUAUGGGAGACGCACUGUCUCUUCCAAUUGUGUAUUUUAUACACUGACAUUUCUAUUUAAGUUCAUUAAAGCACAGUAUUUAUACACAUUGCUGACAUUAUCUCUUGCGUCUGAAUAAAAGAUCCUAGGUAAGGGGUGACUGUGUGGCUCCCUAGUCAAUAAAGCAUGUGACUCUUGGUUGUGCUCAAGUCAUGAGCUCCUGGCUCUUGAGUGUGAGGUCUACAGCUGGCUCUGGGCUGACAGCACAGAGCCUGCUUGGGAUUCUCGGUCUCCCUCUCUUUCAAAAACAAACAUUAAAAAGACCCUAGGUAGGAAAGGGGUGGGUGCGAACCGGGAGAGGAUGGCACCCAUCAUACUGUCCUUAAGGAAGUAAGGGGAUAGGGCAGGUCAAGUCC